GAAAAAUCAAAACAUUAGUUCUUGAAACUGAUUUUUUUUAACAAUAAUCCUAAAUAAUCCUAAAAACGAAAUAAAACAAAGAAAUUGUGCUUUACAAAUGUUGGAAAAUCUUGUUAGAAUGUAUGUUCAUUCAUUUAUUUAUGAUUUCAUUGUGUAAUCGUAAUUGUAAUGGCACAAAAUGAGGCAAUUAAGAGGAUGAGCACAGUUAAGAGGCUUCUCAAGCCAGAUUUCGAUAGAAAUUGCAUGGACAUGGCUUUAUAUUUGCUUGGGAAAGUGCUGGUAAGGAAAUUAGAUACAGGAGAUGUACUGAAAGGAAGAAUAGUCGAAACAGAAUGUUAUUUGGGAAAUGAAGACAAAGCCUCCAAGUCUUAUAAUGGCAGACGUACCCCAGCAAAUGAACCCAUGUAUAUGCCUCCCGGUACAUGCUAUGUCUACCAAACAUACGGAAUGUACCAUUGCUUUAAUGUAUCCAGCCAAGAACCGGGUUCAGCAGUAUUACUAAGAGCUCUUGAACCUAUAAUAGGCAUGGAUAUUAUGAGAGACUUUCGAAAAGCAAAAAAAGGCAAAGUUAUAGAAAAAUCCCAUGUUAUAUGUAAUGGGCCAGCUAAACUAUGCAUUUCAAUGGACAUUAACAAGGCCAACUGUAACAAAUUGGAUCUGGGCGAUCCAGAAAACGAUAUUUUAUGGAUAGAGGAUGAUUUUCAAAUGGAAAAUAGCGAAAUACAAGUUGUAAAAACUUCCAGAAUUGGAAUAGAUUCAGCUGGCGAAGAAUGGGCCAGGAAACCACUUCGAUUUUACAUCGCUGGUAAUACUAGCGUUAGUAAAUUGGACAAACGUGCAGAAAAACAAUUAGAAAGUCAUAUUACUUCACCGUACUUUCCUUAAAUUGUAAUAUAAUUUUGUAAAUUUAAAUAUUUAAUA